AUGGAUAGAAAAAAUAGAAAAAGAGCAUCAAGUGUUAAUUCCACUAAUCCUGCUAUGAAAUUACUUGAAAAAAGAAGGUUAAUGUUUGAAGUUCAUGAGGCCUAUGAAAAUUAACUCUUUUAAUUUAAAUAGUAAGGUAUUACAAUUUAAGUUAUUUUAUAGAGGACGAAUUCAAGUCAAAGGAAAAGGAAAUCAAGAAAAAAGAUGAAGAAAUUUAAACUGAACUACUUAAAUUUUGUAAAGAAUUACAAGUUAAUGAAACUAAAAAGAAAAAGGCAAUUAGCUUAUACCAAAGUGAAAGAGCGGAAAAAGAUAAAAAAAUUAAAGAAAUCGCAAAAUUAUAACACGAUUUAAGUCUAGAUUAAUAGAUAUUUGAAAAUGUUGAAAGAAAGGGUACAAUAAUUCAAAUUUAUAAGAAUAGCUGAGAGACUCAAAAAAUAUGUAGAAUAUUUAAAUAGUAUUAUUAAAGCCUAUCCAGAUAAAUAUUCUGAUCUUGAUUCAAUAACAGAUAGAUAUAAAAGGCUUAUGAUAUCACAUUAAAUUUUAAAAUAAGAACAUGAAAAAAUGGAAAUUGAUUGCGAGAAAAUGAAAUUUACAAUAACUCAAUAUGAAAAGGAAAAAAAUCAUGAAGUCUUAUAAUUAAAUAAUGAUAUUAAAGAUUAUCAAAAAUUAAUAGAAGAAAAAAUAAUAGAGAGAAAUUAGUUAUUAGCUGAGAAGGAAGAAGAAGAAAAUAGAAUCACAGAAGAAAAUCUUAAUCUUGGUAGAAUAUUUAUGGCUAUUGAUAACAUAAACUAAAGAUGUUUAGAUGGAUAUCAAAAAAUUAAAUAAGAUUAUGAAGAUUAAAAUAAAGAAAAAGAAAAGGUUAUUAAAUAAGUGAGAGAAGAAAAGAAGCCACUUAAAUACUAAUAAGAGGAAGAGAAUUUUGAUAUUAAAUGUAAAAUUUAACUAUAUUAAAAUUAGGUUAGUAAGCUUCACUUAAAUUGAAGUAGAUUGUAUAAAAUUUAAAUGAUUUUAGAAAGAUUAUUGAAGGUUGUAGAAAUGAAAUCAAAAAUAAAUACAAAUGA